CGGAAAUUGAUGUGGUAGUUGCAGCAGCAUAAAAAUAUUGGUGUGUGAGAGAUUUUAGUGCACAAGAUCUACAUGGAGUUUUGAAAGAAGGGGUUCCAACUUGCAAAAGGGAGCAGUACUCAACAUAGUGUCUAGUCGGCCUGAAAUUCACACGAAGAAGAAAGUAUGCGUCUCGUCAUCCGGAAAGCCACACAAAAAAGGAAAACUUUGUUGGUCAAUCAAACAUGGACGUUGGUGGUAAUGGUGGUGGAUUGAUUGUUAACAAUAAACAGAGGGCUAUGUUACCCAACAAAAGUAGGGGCGAAUUUGUCCGUAAUCAAAGAAAAGACUCGGAGGGCUUCUCUGAGUCUCCAGACCUCGAGUUUGAGUAUGCAGAUACAGACAAGUGGUCUGCUGAACUGUCAGAGCUAUACAGUUACACUGAAGGACCAGAAUUUCUUCUCAACAGAAAAUGCUUUGAGGAGGAAUUCCGAAUUCAUGUGUCUGAUGAUAAAUGGACUGAGCUGGACGUGUCUCAACACAGAGCUCACGCCAUGCGUCUACUGGACGGCCUGGAGGUGAUCACCAGGGAGAAGAGGCUGAAGGUGGCCAGGGCCAUCCUUUACAUGGCUCAGGGGACAUUUGCAGAGUGCAGCUCUGAGGCAGAAGUGCAGCACUGGAUGAGGUACAACAUCUUCCUGCUGCUGGAUGUUGGCACCUUCACUGCUCUGGUGGAGCUGCUCAACAUGGAGGUUGAUAACAGUGCUGCCUGUAGCAGUGCAGUCAGAAAGCCAGCAAUCUCCUUGGCUGACAGCACAGACCUCAGGGUGCUGCUCAACAUCAUGUAUCUGAUGGUGGAGACCAUCCAGCAGGAGGACCCAGCUGACUCACCUGAGUGGAGGGCCACCAGGGAGACCUUUAAAACAGAGCUGGGCUCUCCUCUGUACAACAAUGAGCCCAUCUCUGUCAUGCUUUUUGGCAUGGUGACCAAGUUCUGCAGUGGCCACGCACCCCACUUCCCCAUGAAGAAGGUUCUUCUGCUGCUGUGGAAGAGCAUACUGUUCACCCUCGGGGGGUUUGAACAGCUCCAGAACAUUAAGGUGCGUAAGCGAGAGCAGCUGCGCUUGCCCCCCCUCCCAGAGGACAGCAUCCGGGUCAUCAGGAGCAUGAGGGCAGCAUCGCCUCCAGCUUCUGCCUCUGACCUCAUCGAACAGCAGCAAAAACGGGCACGUCGUGAACACAAGUCCCUGACAAAACAGGACAACCUGGAUGCCUUCAAUGAGAAGGACCCCUACAAGUCAGAUGACCCUCGUGAAGAUGAGGAUGACAACGAUGACAAUGACAACUCCAUGGAGGUGGAGCCUUUUCCCAUGGAGCGGGAUGAGGUCAUGCCCCCGCCCAUCCCACACCCCCCCUCAGAGAGGGUGAACUUCCCCAAGGGUCUGCCCUGGGCACCCAAAGUCAGGGAAAAGGACAUAGAACAUUUCCUGGAAUCAAGUAGAAGCAAAUUUAUUGGCUAUACGCUUGGAAAUGACACAGAUACAGUUGUCGGCCUACCCAGACCCAUCCAUGAAAGCAUCAGAACAUUGAAGCAGCAUAAGUACAUCUCUAUAGCUGAGAUUCAGAUUGCCAAGGAGGAUGAGUUUCAGAAAACUCCAUUGUCAGGGGGGGAAGAGGAUGUGGAGAUGUGCUCCACUGAGCUGCUAUACCAGGGCAUUCUUCCCAGCUUGCCUCAGUACAUGAUUGCCCUGCUUAAGAUCCUGCUGGCUGCAGCCCCCACCUCCAAGGCCAAGACAGACUCCAUCAACAUCCUGGCAGAUGUGCUGCCUGAGGAGAUGCCGACCACGGUGCUCCAGAGCAUGAAGCUCGGUGUAGAUGUUAACCGCCACAAGGAGAUCAUUGUUAAGGCCAUCUCUGCCAUCCUGCUGCUGCUUCUCAAACACUUCAAACUCAAUCACAUCUACCAGUUUGAGUACAUGGCUCAGCACCUGGUGUUUGCCAACUGUAUUCCUCUCAUUCUCAAGUUCUUCAACCAGAACAUCAUGUCUUACAUCACAGCCAAAAACGGUAUUUCUGUGCUGGACUUCCCUUACUGUGUGGUGCAUGACCUUCCGGAACUUACUGCAGAGAGUUUGGAGGCUGGAGACAUUAACCAGUUCUGCUGGAGGAACCUGUUCUCCUGUAUCAACCUGUUGAGGAUUCUGAACAAGCUGACCAAGUGGAAGCACUCCAGAACCAUGAUGCUGGUGGUGUUCAAGUCUGCACCUAUCCUGAAGAGGGCACUGAAGGUCAAACAGGCCAUGAUGCAGCUGUAUGUCCUCAAGCUGCUCAAAGUGCAAACCAAGUACUUGGGCCGCCAGUGGAGGAAGAGCAACAUGAAGACCAUGUCUGCCAUCUACCAGAAGGUCCGCCAUCGCCUCAAUGACGAUUGGGCUUACGGUAACGCAGACCUGGAUGCGCGGCCCUGGGACUUCCAGGCAGAGGAGUGUGCUCUGCGCGCCAACAUUGAGCGCUUCAACAGCCGCCGCUACGACAACAACCAGAGCAACCCUGACUUCCUGCCCGUGGACAACUGCCUGCAGAGCGUUCUGGGACAGCGUGUCGACCUGCCGGAGGACUUCCAGAUGAACUAUGACCUCUGGCUGGAGCGGGAGGUCUUCUCCAAGCCAAUAUCCUGGGAAGAGCUACUGCAAUGAGAACAGGGCUGGGGUUGGGUGUUGGUGCUAUACACCUCCCCAAGGUGGUAACAAUAGUCUAUAUCCCCACCUCUUUAAGUGUACCUCCUAUAAGUGCAAAUGUUGCUGAACAAGCAUAUCUCUUACUUAAAGACAGCAUUCAUAGAGCACUGCAUUUGUUUGUGAAAACGAUGCAGACAUGAGUCCCAAUAACAAACCUUAUCCUUGCAUUGUUGUCAACUCAUGCAGAGAGGAGUAACAAGUCAGUAAGUUCUAUUUAGGAGGUAAAGGGUCAACAGCAAAGCCACCUAAAUGUGGACCUUCUGCAUUUCCCCUACACAGUUGGACCAAUCAUUUAUAAUCCCUGAAUCCAGGCACGAGACCAGGGUUUCCCAAACUUGGUCCUGGGGCCCCCCCUGGGUACAUGUUUUUGCCCUAGCACUACACAGCUGAUUCAAAUAAUCAAAGGUAGAUGAGUUGGUUAGUUUAAUCAGCUGUGUAGUAAUAGGGCAAUAACCAAAACGUCCAGGAUCAAGUUUGGGGAAACCUUGGGGUAGAUUUAUCCCAUGUAGAACCCUUUUUUGUUUUGAACUGGACCUUUUUACAGAGUGCUAUAGGUCUUAUCAGCCUUGUCAAACCUCCCAGGGUGUGGAUGUUAACCCUUUGUAUUCUGGACUUCUUACACACUUAACCCCACUUCUGGGUGGCGGCCCAGUACUUUGCCCUUCAAGCACUACAGUAUAGUAUGAUAACCCUUAGGAACAAGUGCAAAAUAAAAAGUGUUCUGUUUGUAAGGGAGGAGUUGCUUGAGUGUGUACAGUAUGUGUCUGACUUAUGGUUACUGCUUUAACCUCCUGUUGAUCAGGCUUUUGAGUCCUUUUUGAUGUUCCACUGUUACUCUACGCACUGAGUGUCCAUUGGCUUGUAUGAAUCACACACCUGUAUUGCAACCCAGGCGGAGACCGUUUGGUAUUAAGACAUUUUAAUUACAUUUACAGAGUAACGUUUUAUCCUAAAGUAACAGGAAAACGUGCUGGCGCACUCCACAACCUGGUUGAAUAAGAACUUGGAAAAUGUACUUUAUUGUGUGUGUGUACAGUAUUUUUGAGAGAGUGGGGAAAGAAACAAAAUGAGCCCUAUGUUAGUUAUUAUUUGUGGUUCUCACUUAAAGCUAACAGGUGUUUGUUUUUUUACUCAAGGGAACAAUUUUGCACCUGAUAACUCCUCAGAUUUAAGAUAAUUUUAUAGUUGCAUUGUGCUUAUACUUAUUUGCUGCUUCUAUUGUUUUUUGGUCUUAUGGUUAUUACAUCUAAGAUGGAGAAAUGAAAACAGAUGUUGGGGGGAAAAAAACUUAUAAUGGCUUUUGUCAAUCUGUUUAACAUUGUAUGACUAAAAAUACUGGAUAAAAAGAAUGCUCCCUCUU